GCGAAAGGGGACUAUAUCACACCAACAGUGUGGCGCUUCCAUUUUACAGUUUGAAACAAUGAACAUUCUGAAAUUGAGAUCUCUGAUUCCAUUUCUCCCUGCAAAUUCACUCUUCCUCUUCUGCUAGCACACCUCUCGCGCGAAAUUCAUGCUAAAGCAAUCGCCAUUUUAUUCUCGUGCGACGGUAAUCUCGCGCUUUUCCAUGUGAUGAUUAUGGACCCCACGAACCCAUCAUGCCAUCAUUAAUCCCCACGAACUUUCUCACAGCACACACACUAAUUCCCCUACCCCAAAGCAACUUAUAGUAUGUUAGAGUGUUAAGACUGGUCCUGGUCAGGAGAGGACUCAUUUUCUACUUUGUUUUGACUGUUUCAUCUGUUAUGGUAUAUACUCUGUUGCAGCAAUUAUUGAUUAGAUAGAUCGAACCCAUCAAAAUAGCGACGCCUAUUUGUUUCUGACGAGAAAAGCAUCGAUCUUUGCGGUUAAAAUCGGCUUUAUUUUUUCCGGCACCGGUAAUGAAGGCCAAAGGCGUGGCGGCGGCGGCGCUGAACCCUGUUCCUGUGGUUUCUCUUGAGCACAAGAGGGAUGCUUAUGGGUUUGCAGUGAGACCUCAGCACUUGCAAAGAUAUCGGGAAUAUGCUAAUAUCUACAAGGAAGAAGAGGAGGAGAGGUCAGAUAGGUGGAAGGACUUUUUGGAAAGACAAUCAGGGUCUGCUCAGUUGCCUGUUGGGUCAGUUGAAACUGAUGACACCGUAAGGCUGAACAAUGGAUCGGCCGACUUAAACGCUGAUGAUAGUCAAAAUAAUGUGGCGGAUUCUGAUGGCAACAAGACUAAGCCAAAUAAUUCAAACGAAGCAAAUGCAGCUCUGCCAUCUGAAAAAGAUGGAAAAGUUCAUAGAGUACAAACAUGGACCGAGAUCAGAUCAUCUCUUUGUGCCAUAGAGGACUUGAUGAGCUCUCGUGUGAAAAAGAAAGUGAGUUUGAAUAGAAGCGAGCCUGAUAUUGCUGCAAAGAAGCCACUUCAUUCCAUUGAUGAGACUAGACCUGGAAAAGGAGCAUGUGAAGAAGACUCUGAGGAAGAGUUUUAUGAUGUCGAGAGAUCAGAAUCGGAUUCCAUUCAAGAGAUUCCUGGCCAUGCUGCUCAUUCGGAAUCUCUACCUCCUUGGAAGGAAGAACUUGAAUGUCUUGUUCAAGGGGGGGUUCCGAUGGCUUUAAGGGGAGAGAUGUGGCAAGCCUUUGUUGGUGUAAGAGCACGACGGGUGGAGAAUUACUAUCAAAAUCUGCUUGCUUCAGACACUAAUACAGAAACGAAGAGCAGUCAAUUAGAGGACAAGAAUAAUGACUCGAAUAUAGAGAAUGUAAUCAUAUCUGAAAAAUGGAGAGGCCAGAUCGAAAAGGAUUUGCCUCGAACUUUUCCUGGUCACCCUGCUUUAGAUGAGGAUGGUAGAAAUGCUUUAAGGCGUUUACUCACAGCCUAUGCCCGCCAUAAUCCCUCUGUUGGUUACUGCCAGGCAAUGAAUUUUUUUGCGGGCUUGUUAUUGCUUUUAAUGUCAGAGGAAAACGCCUUUUGGGCCUUAGUGGGACUUCUAGAUGAUUAUUUUGACGGCUAUUACUCAGAAGAAAUGGUAGAAUCUCAGGUUGAUCAGCUUGUUCUUGAGGAGUUGGUCCGUGAAAAGUUUCCCAAAUUGGUAAACCAUCUGGAUUACCUGGGAGUGCAGGUGGUGUGGGUGACUGCCCCAUGGUUCCUCACAAUAUAUAUGAAUAUGCUUCCAUGGGAAAGUGUUCUUAGGGUCUGGGAUGUGAUCCUCUUUGAAGGAAACCGUGUAAUGCUAUUCCGAACUGCACUUGCUUUGAUGGAGUUAUAUGGACCUGCAUUAGUUACAACGAAGGAUGCUGGAGAUGCAGUCACGCUGCUUCAAUCACUAGCUGGCUCCACUUUUGAUAGCAGUCAACUUGUCUUGACAGCUUGCAUGGGUUACCAAAAUGUUACCGAGGAAAGACUACAAGAACUAAGAAAUAAGCAUCGACCAACUAUUAUGGCUGCAUUGGAAGAAAGGUCAAAGGGGAUGAGAGUUUGGAGGGAUUCUCAGUGUCUGUCGUCAAAGUUAUAUAGUUUCAAACAGGAUGCAAGUACAAUUAUAAGAACUGAUAAACCAGAAGGAACAAAUGAUGAUUUGUCGCACUUGGGUGGUUCACCUGCUGACGGGGGUGAGCUUUACGCGAGCAUGAAUGGUGACGUGGAGAUAGAUCCUGCUAAAGAUCUUCAGGAGCAGGUGGUAUGGCUUAAGGUUGAGCUAUGCAAGCUGCUCGAAGAAAAACGGUCGGCUGAACUCAGAGCAGAAGAGCUCGAAAUAGCACUGAUGGAGAUGGUUAAGCAGGAUAAUCGUCGACAAUUGAGUGCUAGGGUUGAACAGUUGCAGCGAGAGUUGUCUGAGCUGCGGAGUGCCCUCGUUGAAAAGCACGAACAAGAGAAUGCCAUGCUUCAGAUUUUAAUGAGGGUCGAACAAGUGCAGAAGGUGACAGAAGAUGCUCGCAUAUAUGCUGAGCAAGACGCUGCUGCCCAGAGAUACGCAGCUCAAGUGCUUCAGGCGAAGUACGAACAGGCAACUGUCGCAUUGGCUGAGAUGGAAAAGAGGGCAGUUAUGGCAGAGUCCAUGCUGGAAGCUACCUUGCAGUACCAGUCUGGGCAAACCAAAGCACUGUCUUCCCCUCGGUCAACGCAGCAAAGCAAUCAAGAACCUUCACAAGAUGUGCCGGCAAGAAAGAUCAGUUUGCUUGCCAGACCAUUCGGACUAGGAUGGCGAGAGAAGAACAAGGGUAAACCGACAAGUCUUGAGGAGCUGAACGAUGAUGUGAAGCUUUCGAAUGAAGAGAAGAGUUUGAACGACGUGCAGGCGGAGGUCCCAGUGUAGUCGUAAGGCGGAGGAGGCAACAAGUCGUAGCUCGAAGAGAAAUGAACCGGAUUUCCCCUCCUCUUUGGCCCUGUGAAGUUAUUAUGUGCUAUUUGAGUAUAUUCUUAGUAAAAGAAAAUGGUAUUAUGUUGUUUUUGUCUGUUAUUUCCGUUGAGAAUAAUGAUUUUAGUGAGACAAGUAUAUGUAGCAUUUCAAAUGUCAGUUUAGCGAGAAAUUGUUGAGGAAAGAAUAGUUAUCCUUGUACUACAUUUCAUAUGUGAAAAGAUGAUUAAACCAAAAUUGAUUGAUA